ACGGCGUCGACGCGCAAUGCGUCGCACCUCGAUGCUCAAAGGCAGGGGCUCAGAGGAGAGUAAAGGAGUUCGUGUGCUGGUCGUGUGUCUAAGUUUGCCAUAGCUUCCGGAGUGCUGUCUGAUACUCUUCGCGUGUCGUCGGAGCUUGUGAAUCAGAAUGGCGAAGUCUUACCCAAACGUCAGUGAGAAGUACGCUGCGCUCAUUGAGAAAGCCCGCAGGAAGAUACGGGGGAUGGUAGCAGAGAAGAACUGCGCACCGAUCAUCCUUCGUCUCGCAUGGCACGGGUCGGGAACUUACGAUCAGGAGUCGAAGACAGGAGGUCCUCUUGGAACCAUCCGGUUCGGGCAGGAGCUUGCGCACGGCGCCAACGCGGGGCUGGACAUUGCAGUGAAUCUGCUGCAGCCCAUCAAGGAGCAGUUUCCGGAGUUGUCGUACGCUGACUUUUACACGCUGGCUGGAGUCGUUGCCGUGGAGGUGACAGGCGGGCCCACCAUUCCUUUUCACCCUGGGCGCAAGGAUCAUGAGACAUGCCCCGUGGAGGGUCGGCUUCCCGACGCCACGAAGGGUUUGGAUCACCUCCGAUGCGUGUUCACGAAGCAGAUGGGGUUGACGGAUAAAGACAUUGUGGUGCUGUCGGGUGCACACACUCUGGGGAGGUGCCACAAGGACCGGUCCGGAUUUGAGGGAGCAUGGACGCCGAACCCCCUUAGAUUCGACAACUCGUACUUCCAGGUGCUGUUGGAGGGAGAGAAGGAUGGACUGAUCAUGCUGCCAUCCGACAAGGCUCUGCUGGAUGAGCCGAAGACUCGUGAGUUGGUUGAGUUGUACGCGAAGGACGAGGACAAGUUUUUCGAAGACUACGCCGAGUCUCACAUGAAGUUGUCAGAGCUAGGAUUUGCCGAGGCGUGAAAGCCUGAUCCUAUUCUACGUGUGAAGAGUCCCUUCACGAGGACCGUCUUUCGAGAGGCGAUAAAUGUUGUGGAAAGGAACGAACGGACCCUGCCGAUCUUAUUUUUCAUUUUUCUGAGGGAUGCGGAUGGUUUAGAAUAGCGUAUAAUAUCUUAGUAUAUCGCUUUUGUUAUUGAUUACCUUCCUGGACUAGUUCUCUGUCUGAUGCAUUUUUAGAUCCAGGUACUGCCUGGGUAUGAUCUUGGUUAUAAAUUUAAACCUCAACUCCAGCUCAUCUUAGAAUAAUCCUCAUUUCCAACUUUUGUGGAUUUUCCCCUGUUAUAUCUGGUGUUUUUGGAUUGUGCAUCUAGUUUUUCGAUGUAUAUCUAUUACGUGUGAGGAAGGAUAUGGCUUGGUACAUUUUUGGGUGAACUCUGUCAUCUGGAAAUUUCCGAUGCGCACCACUUGGCAUUGACCGAUCA